AUGAAUCUCCCCGCCGCCCCCUUCGCCAAGUUCCAGCCCCUCGUCAACUCUCCCUCCGCCACCUCCCUCCCCACCACCCCCGCCACCCCCUACGACCUCUCUACCCCAUCCGCCUCCACCCUCGUCGACGGCAGACAUGACUACUUUCAGGACAGGGCUGAGCCCCCAGCAGCAGGGCCCGUCGAGAUAUCACGGUGGAGAUUCUGGGCCGUCUUUGGAAGCUUGUGCAUCGUCGUCUUCUUGUUCGCCCUCGACCAACUUAUUGUCGCUACUGCAUUGCCCAAGAUCACUGCCGAGUUUGACGCCCUCUCUCAGAUGUCUUGGAUCUCUUCCGGCUACUUCCUCACCCUUCUCUCAUUCAACCUCCUUUACUCGCAAUUCAUGAACAUCUUUCCCUCCAAGCACGUCAUGAUCUUUGCCAUCCUCGGCUUCAACGCCGGCUCUCUCGUCUGCGGCCUGGCGCCCAAUAUGACUGUCCUCAUCAUCGGAAGGGUCAUCAGCGGAGCGGGUGCGGCGGGACUGUUUGGAAGUGGGAUGGUCAUCAUUGCCGAGCUUACUCCUCUUCACUCGAGGGGGCAGUACUUUUCGGGCUUUGGUAUCUGCUUUGCCAUCGCCAGUGUCGUCGGGCCUUUGCUUGGCGGGACGUUCUCUGACCACGUCACUUGGAGAUGGUGCUUUUACAUCAACCUUCCCCUCGGCGCCGUCACCAUCGUCUCCAUCCUCCUCUUCCAACCCUCCACUCCCCCUCUCGGCCUCACCGAUACGUACACCGGCUACUCCUGGAACAUGCUCAAGCAGGUGCUCCUGUGCGACUGGGUCGGUGUCUGUCUUUCAACAGCAUGGGGAACGUGCUUUAUCUUGGCCGCCCAGUGGGCUGGAGUGAGCAAGCAUUGGAACAACUACAGCGUCAUCAUCUGCUGGGUGGGCACCGGGGUACUCCCCUUUGUGUUUUGCUUGUAUGAGUGGUUCAUGAAGGACAAGGGCUACUUUAGAAUCAGGUUGCUGAGUAGAAGGACCAUUGGUGGAGCUGCUAUUUUGGGAUUCUUCACCUUUGGCCUCUACAUGAUUCUCGUCUUCUACCUGUCCCUCACAUUCCAAUCCGUUCACCGAAUCUCUGCUACCGGCGCGGGCAUCCGCCUGCUCCCCCUUAUCGGCGCCCUCGUAGUCUUCCUGGUCAUCUCUGCGCUCCUCAUCUCCCGCUUUAGCCGAUACAAGGCCGUUAUCUGCGCCGGGCCGGUUUUGCUCAUUGUCGCGUCGGUCCUCUUCUCCACUAUUGACUCGGAUACGUCCCUGGCGAAGCUGUAUGGAUAUCAAGUGAUCCUCGGGGCCGGAUUGGGCUGCUGUAUGCAGAACAUCAUGCUGGCGGUGCAGAAUGAGCUGAGGCACGAGCCGGCAGUGCUGUCGAUGGGUACCGGCCUGGCCGUCUUUGUCGGCUUUGCGGGCCGUAUCCUCGGCCUGAACGUCGCCCAGUCCGUCUUUGAAAACAUGCUCCAACGCAACCUCCGCUCCCAAAUUCCGACCAUCUCUUCAGAACUCAUCGCAUCCAUCAUGAAUGACGCCGGAUCCGUGUGGACCGUUGUGCCCGACCAGCUGAGGCCCGAUGUGCUGAAAGCAUGGUGCAAGACUGCUAGCCAGGUCUUUAUGAUUUGCAUCCCACUGGCAGUCUUGGCGCUUGUGGGAGGACUUUGGAUGAAAAAUUCGAGGAUGGCGACAAAGGAGGAGGAGGAAGAGGAGAAGCACGUCGGGUACGGGCUCGGGGGCGGAGGUGGAAACGGGAGUGGAAGUGUAAAGUAUGCGGAGAGCACGAUCAGCAAGGCGAACCAUGACUGGGAGGUGGGCACAUGGGCGAGCUCGGACAAGCCGGUCGUCGUUGUGGAUGGACCGAGGGGUAUCCUCGUGAGCGGUCUGAAGAACCAAGCAGAGUAG